AUGCAGGGGAAUCACACUGGGGUGAUUGAGUUCAUCCUCCUAGGGUUCACAGGCAGUCCACAGCUACAAACCAUCCUCUUUGUGGUAUUUUUGGUUAUCUACAUUGUCACCCUGGUGGGGAAUCUUGGGAUGAUCGCAUUAAUCACGGUUGAGUCCCGGCUACACACCCCCAUGUACUUUUUCCUUCUCAACUUGUCCCUUAUAGAUACUGUUUACUCCUCUGUUAUUGCUCCCCGGGCUCUGGUACACUUCUUAGCAGAGUGUAAAGCUGUUUCCUUUGCUGGGUGCUCCAUGCAAUUUUUCUUUCUCUCUCUCUGUGCAAAUACUGAGGGUUUACUUCUGGCCGUGAUGGCUUAUGAUCGAUUCAUAGCUAUAUGCAAACCGCUGCUGUAUACGAUUAUCAUGUCAAGGAAAGUCUGCAUCCAGCUGGUAGCCGCAUCAUACUUCUAUGCCUGUGCCAAUGCAGUUGUGCACACAGGCUCUUUGUUCAGCUUGUCCUUCUGUGGUCCCAACAUCAUCGAUCACUUUUUCUGUGACAUCCCCCCACUCCAGAAGCUCUCCUGCUCCAGCACUCACAUGGAUAGCAGGGUGCAUUUCGUCUUUGCUGCUAUAACUGCAUUGAGUACUGUCCUGAUCAUCCUCAUCUCCUACAUUUAUAUUAUCCUCAACAUUUUGAGGAUCCGGUCUGUGGAAGGAAGGUGCAAAGCUUUCUCCACCUGCGCCUCCCACUUGACGUCCGUCAGCAUAUUGUAUGGGACUCUGUUCUUUAUGUAUUUACGGCCCACAUCCGGCAACUCAUCCGAUCAGGACAAAGUGGUGUCCGUGUUCUACACCCUUGUGAUCCCCAUGCUGAACCCCUUGAUCUACAGCCUGAGGAACAAGGAAGUGAAACGCGCCCUGAGAAAAAGAGUUUGGGGCAGAAAUGCUGUUAUUGAUUAUUUUUAUCUCUACACAUUUCAAUCAAUGUCUCUAUUUUUCUUUUAUUUAAUCCUCUUAUUUCCUCUUUAACCAUAGAAAAUCUCCCUUCUGGGACUAAGGUUUAACUGCAUCCCUUGGGGACUGUUCCAGUAACUCAAAAGAGACCUAUUAACUGUGGUAACUAUGGCCAACCCAUAACAGGUAAAAAGUAUCUUUUCCCCAAUUUUUAUCCCAUUUUCACAUCCCAUUCUCUUAAUUUGCUAUCAGUCUCUGACACACUCUAAGGUUACAUCUAUACUACUCGCUGGAUCGGCGGGCAGUGAUUGAUCCAGCAGGGGUCAAUUUAUC